CCAGGCCGCACCAACAGCAGACCAACUGCGCCAAAAACCACUUCGCGCAGCAGCAGAUCGCAUCGUCGCUCCGACCGUCCGCCGUCGCCGCCCCACCGGAUACCGCGCAGAUCCGGAGGCCCAGAUCCCCGAGUCCAUGGAGCCCUCGCCGGCCGCGGCGGAGCGCGACCGCUCGCCGCCGCCGCCGCCUCCCCCGCCCCCGUCGUCGUCGUCGUCGUCGUCGGCCGCAGCGGUGAUGUCGUCGCCGCUCGCCGUCGUCUGCAGCUUCUGGAAAGAUUUUGAUUUGGAGAAGGAAAGAAGUGGUUUGGAUGAGCAGGGUUUAAAGAUCGCAGAGAAUCAAGAGACCAGCCAGAAGAACAGACGUCGACUUGCUGAGAGCACUAGGGAUUUUAAGAAAGCGUCUUCAGAUGAUAAGCUUAGUUUAUUCAACUCCCUACUGAAGAGUUAUCAAGAGGAAGUUGAUAAUCUCACAAAGAGAGCAAAGUUUGGAGAAAAUGCAUUCCUCAAUAUCUACCAGAAACUCUAUGAAGCCCCUGAUCCAUAUCCAGCUCUUGCUUCUAUGGCUGAACAAGACCAGAAACUAUCUGAACUGGAGACUGAAAAUCGGAAGAUGAAACUCGAGCUUGAAGAGUACCGGGCAGAAGCUGCCCACCUGAAGAAUCAGCAAGCAACAAUUAGGCGACUUGAGGAGCGAAACCGCCAACUAGAACAACAGAUGGAGGAAAAAGUCAGAGAAAUGGUUGAAAUGAAGCAGAGGAGUUUGGCAGAAGAUAGCCAGAAAACUCUUGAAGCUCUGAAAGACAGGGAGCGGUCCUUGCAGGACCAGCUCAGACAAGCCACAGAAAGUGUAAAGAAUAUGCAGAAGCUACAUGAAUCAGCACAAAGUCAACUGUUUGAGCUUCGCACUCAAUCAGAGGAGGACCGAGCAGCGAAGGAAACUGAAGUCAAUCUUCUGUUGGAUGAAGUUGAACGGGCCCAAGCACGAUUAGUCAGUCUUGAGAGAGAAAAGGGUGAUUUACGAUCUCAGUUGCAAACAACAAAUGAAGAUGCAACCAAUAGUAGUGACUAUAUGGAUUCAAGUGAUAUACUUGAGAGUUCCUUGAAUGCCAAGGAGAAGAUCAUCUCCGAACUGAAUGCAGAACUGCGCAAUAUUGAGAGCACUUUAUCUUCUGAGAGAGAAACACAUGUUAAUGAACUAAAGAAGUUGACUGGUUUGCUCAGUGAGAAGGAAAAUGCUCUGACAGAAUUGAAGAAAGAACUCCAAGAAAGACCAACAAGAAGACUGGUAGAUGACCUCAAGAAAAAGGUUCAGAUUUUGCAGGCUGUAGGGUACAACUCCAUUGAAGCCGAAGACUGGGAGCUAGCAACAAAUGGUGAAGAAAUGAGCAAGUUGGAAGCUUUGCUUCUUGACAAGAACCGUAAAAUGGAGCAUGAACUAACACAGCUGAAGGUCAAAAUAUCAGAGAAAUCAGAUCUUCUUGAGGAAGCUGAAAAAAAGAUUGCUGAACUAACCGCAAAGGCUGAAGAGCAGCAGAAGUUAAUUUUGAAACUUGAGGACGACAUUCUAAAGGGCUAUAGUUCAACUGAUAGGAGGACUUCCCUUUUGAAUGAUUGGGAUCUCCAAGAGAUCGGCUCAAAUGAAGUAUCAGAGGGUACUGAUCCAAGGCAUGCACCACAAGACCAAGAUCAAAGUUCCAUGCUUAAGGUCAUUUGCAAUCAGAGGGAUCGUUUCCGUACACGUCUGCGUGAAACUGAGGAGGAACUAAGAAGACUAAAAGAGAAGUAUGAAAUGCUAGUUGUAGAAUUGGAAAAAACUAAAGCGGAUAAUGUUCAACUGUAUGGGAAGAUUCGAUACGUUCAAGACUACAGUCAUGAGAAGAUUGUUUCCAGAGGACCAAAGAAGUAUGCAGAAGAUAUUGAAAGUGGUUCUUCAGAUGUCGAGACGAAGUACAAGAAAAUGUAUGAGGAUGACAUAAAUCCUUUUGCUGCUUUUUCGAAGAAGGAAAAGGACCAACGGUACAAGGAACUUGGUUUAAGAGAUAAAAUCACUCUGAGUAGUGGACGUUUUCUUCUUGGUAACAAAUAUGCCCGGACAUUUAUAUUCUUCUACACCAUUGGAUUGCAUCUCCUUGUAUUUACAUUGCUGUACAGAAUGUCAGCUUUGAGCUAUCUCAGCAUCACACCCGCACAUGAUGAAAUCAUCCUGGAUGCUGGCAAUCAGACGCUACCCCGUGCGCUCUAAAUCAAGCUGGAAGUUCCAUGUGAGGGUAUUGUCAGUUUUUCACUUCAUCAUGCUGAAACCAAAAUCUGGGGUUUGAUCUCAGGAAUCUUUGCAUAGGAUCAUGACUGAACCCAUAGUUGACUUGUAUUCUUUGUCCAUUAGAUGCCUGAUGAAUACGUUUUCUGUAGAUAAAUAGGGAAAAUGUUUCCGGUUUUGGAGACGGGGUGGAUGGAAAUGGCCAGAUGAGGCGUGGUGUUGCGUUUGAGCCGUUAUGUAAACUGCUGUACUACUAAUUGCCGUUCUGAAUGCACACAUGACGAUGAUGGUUGUACAAAA